ACAACAAAUAUGGCGGAGAGGAGCAGGACGGCAGAGACGGGUAGUGCCAUAGGAAGUGAUGAUAUCAUAGCAGGGAACGUGAGCAAGUACACCGUUCUCCCAGCUGGUUAUUGUGGACAGCCUAAAAAAGGACAUCUUAUAUUUGAUGCCUGUUUUGAAAGUGGUAACCUUGGACGCGUGGACCACAUCACAGAGUUUGAGUAUGACCUGUUCAUUAGACCAGAUACCUGUAACCCACGCUUUCGAGUUUGGUUCAACUUCACUGUUGAAAAUGUAAAAGAAUCACAGAGAGUAAUUUUCAAUGUUGUCAACUUCAGUAAAACCAAAAGCCUCUAUAGAGAUGGGAUGGCUCCAAUGGUGAAAUCCACAAGCAGACCAAAAUGGCAAAGAAUACCCUCUAAAAACGUGUAUUACUAUCGCUGCCCGGACCACAGGAAGAACUAUGUCAUGUCAUUUGCUUUUUGCUUUGACCGAGAGGAUGACACUUACCAAUUUGCUUACUGCUACCCCUAUACCUAUACUCGCCUUCAGCACUAUCUUGACAAUCUACAAAGGAGGAACAUGGACUACUUUUGCAGAGAAUUGCUAGGACGCAGUGUGCAGAAACGGCAGCUUGACCUCCUGACAAUAACCAGCCCUGCAAAUCUGCGUCCAGGGGCUGAACAGAAAGUGGUGUUCAUCACUGCACGAGUCCACCCCGGGGAAACACCAUCUUCCUUCGUGUGCCAAGGUAUAAUUGACUUCCUUGUGAGCCAGCAUCCUAUUGCAAAAGUAUUGAGAGACCACCUGGUCUUCAAGAUUGCACCCAUGCUCAAUCCUGACGGAGUAUACCUAGGAAAUUACAGGUGCUCCCUGAUGGGGUUUGAUUUAAACCGGCACUGGGCAAAUCCAUCUCCUUGGGCUCAUCCCACACUGCACGGAGUGAAACAGCUCAUCAUCGAGAUGUACAACAAUCCGAAGAUUAACCUGGAGUUCUAUAUUGAUAUCCAUGCCCACUCCACUAUGAUGAAUGGCUUCAUGUAUGGGAACAUCUUUGAAGACGAGGAAAGAUUUCAGCGACAGGCCAUUUUUCCCAAGCUACUCUGUCAGAAUGCCGAAGACUUCUCUUAUUCCAGUACAUCGUUCAACAGAGAUGCUGUGAAAGCAGGGACAGGCCGGCGUUUUCUUGGUGGACUGUUAAAUGAUACAUCCUACUGCUACACUCUGGAAGUCUCAUUCUACAGCUACAUAUUGGGUGGACCUAAUUCUGCUGUCCCCUACACAGAAGAAGCAUAUAUGAAGCUUGGAAGAAAUGUGGCCAGGACAUUCUUGGAUUACUACAGGCUGAACUCAUUGGUGGAGAGACCACUAGCAGCUACUCCUAAAACUCGGAAAGAAAAACUUCCACUUUUUAAAUGCACUACCCAGCGGGGCCAAGGGAACAGCCAUGCUGGUGGCAAGCCAGAGAAGAGGAGCCAGGCGCAUCUGAAGGACCAGUCUCUCUCCAUGCGAUGAGAGGAGAGGAGGCUGCUCUGUGGGGUGAGGCGGAGGAGCAUGUCUGGAUCUGGAACUGAUUAUGUUUCUUUUUUUUCCCAGACAAGUAUUUCUAAGAUAACAAAUAGUCCAAGGAGGAAAGAGGGAGAGGGAAAUUAGCUAGAAAUUUUACUAUUGAUCUUUUUUUUUUAUUUAUAGAUGGUAAAUCAAUUUCAGGGCUUUUUUUUUUUUGUUCUCAUCUUCUGGGAAAAAAAAGAGUCACUCAAUAGAUUCACAGAAAUGAUUUGCAGUGGCUGAAAAGCUAUUUGUUAAAAUGAGAAAGCAUCCCCUUCCUCCACUAGCCUCUCUCUCUCUCUUUAAAGGGGUAAUCCAUACGAUGAGCUAACGAGGUGAGAAAGCCUCCCCUUCCUCCACCAGCCUCGCUCUCUCUCUUUAAAGGGGUAAUCCAUACGAUGAGCUAACAAGGGAGUCCUGGCUCCCCUGCUGCACCAUGUGAUGUAUCCCCUUUUAGUGUCAGGCUCAGAAGCUCUUAUGCCAAUUGCAUGUGCUAGCCCUGUUAGCUUGCAUUAAGAGAGCCUGAUAAAUAGCUUCUGGGAGUCAGGCAGGCACUCCUCAGUGUGCCGUUUAUCAUCUGCUGCAUGGUCAGGUUUUUUGCUCUUUUAUCAGAUCAUUUGAGGAAAGGGGUCAUAUGAGAAAUGUUACUGCCAGGCUGCAGGCAUGAAACUCACUGCAAGACCUGUCUCACAGGCAGGAACCAUGGUCUUCCAGCAAAAACUGGUUGGGGUCUAGAAGAACUGGACUUUCCAACAGAUGUACAACUGAGGCAAUGUGAGCUAGGGGUAGUGCUGAAAGGGAUGAACAAUGUUGUGUCACUAGGGUAAGAAACCCCAGGUAAAGCUUCACCAUUUUCACAUUACAUGAACAGCAUAUGAAAUCUCUGCUUGAAGCCACCAUCACUAGGCAGUCCUGUCUCCUGUCCUCUGUGACUAACUGAAACAUCUGCCAGCGAUGUGGAUUUGAAGUGCAAGACAAGUGGUUCUCAAACUGCAGAGUAAAAGAGGGUGACCCUGAGGGGAGUCCAAGUGUCUCCCAGGGGAUGGGAAGGGAGGGUGCACUUAGAAGUGCCUGUUGCUGACCCAUCAGAAGGCUUGGGAAGCAGCUUCUCUUCACUGUCUUCUGCAAGGAGUUGGGCUACAAUGGUGGCUUGGAGGAGAGAAGGUGCCAAGACUGAGUGCAUAGAAAGGGAAAAGGUGAAACAGAUGGGGGUGGGGAUGAACAAAGACAUGUGAAAUAAGACUGAAUGAGCUUCUCUUGGUGUGGAGUCCCCUGAGAAGUAGUAGCCCCAGACACUCCAUUCUCUAGUAGAAGAACUGGGUUGGUUGCUCCUCUCCUCUUUCCCAGGACAUGAGUGCCAUGAUCUAGGAACAGAGUCAGAACCAGCUGUGUCCUUGCUCUGGAUUUUGUGUGAAAAGAACGCAUCCUAGGGAUAAAUAUAAGAGUAUGAGAAAAACUAAGAAUUAUAGCCUAAACCAGACUUUCCAGGUAACUUAAAUUUACUGUCCCUUGUGAAAGUACCGAUCCUAGGAAGAACUGGAAGCAGCCUGGGUUGCAUUUAUGCAGCCAGAAAGCCAGUAGGUCCUCAUAGUCAUCUGUCUUUGAAUACAGUUCCCAUAUCUAUGUCUCGAUGGGUAGAAGGAAGCUCUGUGUGAGGUCCUUGAGCUCCUUUCCAUACAAGUAAACACAAAGGAAGCAGGGUCAAGGCUGAGGUCUGCAUUCUGUGUCUCAGGACCUCAUAUGUUCUUCUGGAGCCCCAUCACAGCAGACCUCCUGGGAGCAACUGGCACAUGUUUUCCAUCCAGGUAGCAUUACUGCUGCCAGAAAGGGUGAGCAUGUACAAGUCAAGACCAAAAUUUGGCUUUGCAUGCCUCUGAAACAGGACAAGCUACUCAGGGUCUGGCAAAACUUGAGCUGAUUGUGUCUGUGCAUUAGGCACCUGUUAGCCAGGCUUUCGUUAGUUAGUUAGUUUCUCUCUGAUAAGGGGAACUUGGCUGAAAACAAGAGAGAGAAAUCCCACUGGAAGGAAAAUUAUUUUAAACACCAAGGAAACCUGAUAUUGUCAGUCUUUCAAGGUGAGUGGGUUAACUGUGGACAUUUUUAGGGGGAAUAAAAUGCCUUCGUAUGAUGAAUUCCAAGGCAUCCGAAAGGCACAGUGCUGGUGCUCUGUCUCCAAAAGCAGAGUAAUGAAUAGCAGUGACAGUGUGAUAAUUAAAAUGACCUCUUGGAGAUAUGGAUUAGAAGGUACGCAGAGGGGGGAUAAGUUCUCCUUUGAAUUGAUCUAGUGUUAAUUUAUUACUAUCGUUGGGUUUUAUAGGGUUUUAGUGGAAGACUUUCAAAGUUGGUUUACUGGGGUGAUAAUGUUCCUUCUGCAUAUUCAUUGGAAAAACACUUGCAGAAUUCCUCGUUAUUUCUUUUCGAAUGGCUCUAUAUAUACAUAUAUAUCUAUAUAUAUAAUGUGAGAGUUUCAGGUAUUUGCUUGGCUGCUGAAGAGUCUACUCUAGAAAUAUGAAUAAAGUUAUAAAAGCA